AUGACCAAGGAAGGGGCAGCCAUACCGGAUGAUGUUAAACUAACGGUCCCAGAGGGUCUUCAAGACGGUACAAAAACCAACAUCACCUGCACAGCUCGCAAUGGAUACCCUGCUCCUCUCAUCCAUUGGUAUAUCGGAUCGAGGAACGUCACAGGCAAUUCAACCCUGAGGACAUCCAUCAACAGCGCUGAUCGAUAUGAUGCUGAAAGCAAUCUGACCUUCGUACUCAAUAGGUUUGACCACGGGAAUCAUCUUCUCUGUCAGGCAGUUCAACCUGAUACACCCUUGUAUUUCCCAAUUAAUGCAAGCGUGAUUUUGAACCUUUUAUACUCCUCAACUCCAUACAGCCAUCCCAGAUCCACCUUCUCGACUCAUCGUCGACCAAAACCAGACAACAACUUCAACUCUCUUCUUCGCUUGGCAGCCAGGGUUCGAUGGCGGGUUUCAUCAGACGUUCACCUUGAAUACUGUCCAAAAAACACACUGGCGAAGGAGGAAGAGUGUAGUGUUGUCACCAACUUGACACAAUUAUCUCUCAGUCUUGACGGACUGAAUCAAUUCACAUGGUACGUGUUGUCUCUAUGGGCACAGAAUAGCGCAGGAAAUAGUAGCAUGUUGACAACAGUGGCUUCUACAGCUCCUUUACAACCAGAGAACUAUGGCUUAACAGUCACUCGAGAAAAAGAGGGGCAAGUGCUGCAAUUGUCAAAGGCGAAUCAGUCAUUGGGUGAUGUCUGUUUCAUUUGGAAGGCCUCCCAAGAAAGUUGUCGCCUCGUGGAUGGUUCAAGGUGCAUAGACCCCGGGACAAAUAUCAGCAUUGACCAGGAUGAUGACGUAGUUGUGGUGACCUAUGGGAGAGGGUUGUGCAGUGAACCAGCUUUUAUAAAAGAUCUACCGGGUCAGAAAGGUACAUCAAAUAAUCGAAGAACUCCUUACAUGACAAUAGCUAUUGGUGUUAUUGUCUCAGUCGGUUUCAUCAUACUAAUCUCACCUGGUCUUAUGUACUGUACCAGAAGAAAGAAAGAAAGGUAUGGAGAUUAA